UCUUCAUUUCGUUAUUACAUUCGCAUCCCUCAAUAAAACUUUGGAUUUCUUUGAUAAACAAAUGGAAACUCUGAACAAUUCCUCGUCAAGAUAUGAAUGCCUCCUCUUUGAUUUGGACGAUACCCUUUAUCCACUAAGCUCUGGUUUAUCCAAAGCAUGUGCCAACAACAUUAUAGAGUACAUGGUGCAGAAGCUUGGCAUAGAAGAGAACAGAGUUGUUGAGCUCAACCAAGUUCUCUACAAAACCUAUGGUACUUCCAUGGCCGGUCUUAAGGCCAUAGGUUAUGAUUUCGACAACGACGAUUACCACAGAUACGUGCAUGGAAGAUUACCAUACAAGAACCUUAAACCGGACCCGGUUCUGAGAAAUCUUUUACUCAGCCUACCUCUUCGCAAAGUGGUUUUUUCGAAUGGAGACAAAGUUCAUGUGGCGAAGGCUCUCAAGCGACUUGGCAUCGAAGAUUGCUUCGAGAGAAUCAUAAGUUUUGAGACGUUAAACCCUAAGAGUUCAGAGGUUUCUUGCGGCGGAAGUUAUCUCCCUACGACUCCGGUUAUCUGUAAACCGGCAAAGAUUGCAUUUGAAAAGGCCUUCGAGAUUGGACAGAUCGAUCCUCAUAAGACUCUGUUCUUUGACGAUAGCAUGCGAAACAUCCAAACCGGAACAGCCAUGGGCCUCCAUACCGUCCUGGUUGGUAAACCGGAGAAAGUAAAAGGGGCUGAUUAUGCAUUGGAGAAUAUUCACAACAUCAAAGAAACAUUCAAAGAGUUGUGGUCGGAAUCUUACAAGAAGAAAUCCGAAAGUGUUAAUCGUACAAGGAAACUUUGCUAAUUACGUUUUCGGAUCUUCCCGUACAAAAACGGUGAAUACCAUUAAAAAAAGGGAAAAUGGCAUAAACCCCCACAAAUUUAUUCAAAUGUGUAAAAUCAAUACAUAAAUUUUGAAUUUGACAAAAAUCCACAUCAGAAUUCAAAAUUUACCAUUUACAUACACCAAUUCGAAAAAAUUAUAGCAAUUUCCAACACUUCUUCAUUUGUAGCAAUUUCCAACACUGCUUCAUUUGACGGUGAAUUGAAA